AUGUCCAUGAGGCAACAUCGCGUGUAUAACAAGCUACUGAAUGAGCUUGUGGCUUACAGUGCCCAACUGCCUCCAGUGGAGCAUGUGUCAUAUCGACAUCGAAAAGAGACGGACUCAUUUUACAACGAAAUGUCCGAUACCACGGGCAAGAACGAGCACAUCCGUGUCACGCGCGACACUUCGUCGCAACAGAUCGUACCUAAUGGCAUCGUAAUGAAGCAGCGUGUGGCCGAUCUGAAUGUGUAUUGCCCGAACCAUCCUUACGAUUACAGGAUCAGCAUUAAUACAGAGACCCCCGUGGAAGCGCCCAAAGACAUGAACAUGCCAAAAUUCGUGCGUGAAAAAGACCGCCUGUCGUACGCGCAGCAGAAUUUCCAAGUGGAUCUCACGCAGGUCGUGAUGCCCGACCGGCCAGCCGAGCCCUUGCACGAACUUGAAAUUGAAGUCCGUGACUGUGCCUACCUAAUGCAGUUAGGCUAUGAAGCACAGCAAACCAAGGCUGGUGGUGAACAUGUGUGGACAAAGUUCGAGGAUCAUGUGCUUGUGUUACUCAACAACAUCCGACUAUUGAUCCGUAACAGCAGCUUCGGGGAGCCAAAGGCGCCGCUUUGA